AUGCUCUCCCAACAAGUUCAAACCCAAUGGACAGAAAAGAAUCGUCGUACACUCUGGUUCGUAAUGAACAAGACCAAAUCAAUGCUUAAAAUCGAUGUCAAGCCAACUAUUGCUCAAGCUUUCUACAUCUUACAAACAUACUUUAGGCAAACACCAGAAAACGAGAUCAAAAUUCUCUCGCUUGCUGCAGCUUCACUUGCUAUCUCUACAAAGCUCAAAGAGCACUACUUAUCCAUCCAAAACAUUUUACAGGCCUUAAUCAGAGUUUGCGCUUCUAUUCCUACAUCAGCCACAAGAUCUCUUAUCAACGGAUUCGAAUAUUCCUCUACAUUCUACCCAACAGAUGCCGAAGUUGAAAUUGUUAAGUCUGCUGAAAUCGAACUCAUGUCUGCUCUUAACUUCCAAUUUGAUAUCGAGCUCCCAUUCCAAUACCUCGACGAAUGGGAAGACGAGAUCAAGGAGCACAUCCCAGUUGAGAAGCAGCCAUCCUUCAUCCAGAAGUGCCAACUCGACGUUUGCCUUAUCCUCUGCAGCGAAUCCUGCGUUGAUGUCCCAGCUGAAGUUGCUGCCGCAGCUGCAAUUGACGAUGUCUUCGCUAAGGAGCUUCAAAAGGAUUCUACUUUCGACAAGAAGAUAUCCGCUAAGUACGGAAAUGGCGUUUACAACGUUGCUCUCGAAUGCAUCCACAAGGAAAGUGCACUUACAGCUCAGCGCGCUUGA